GUGAGAUGCUGUGACAUUACAGAAGGCAGAAGGCGCACAAUGGCAUUAUGUCUGCUUCUCAGUCUGGCAACAUGAGAGGCCUGUGGCUGAAAAGUCCUCUCCUGCUGCUGCUGCUGCUAAUAACUGUGACCGGGACAGUUUUGUCACAACCAGAAACCGAGGCAAACGAAGAGGAGGUGGAGAAGGAGAGCACAGAUGAUCCGGACCCCACUGAAUACAAACCGGACAUCUCUGAACCACUGUCCACCACUGUGUCCGACACCACCUUAGCUCCAGAGCUGCCUGCUUCAGAAGAGCCAGUUAUCAGAGGCUCAGGAGAAGAGGGCUCCGGUGUCUUUGUUCUAUCGUCAGGUUCAGGGGAGACCAGUACAAGCGAAACUGCGACCCCAGAGGAGGAGGAACUGAAUCUGACUUUCAUCAUCAUCCCGGCCGUGGUCGGGCUGGUGGUCAUAGCCAUCGUCUCCAUAGUGCUGGGUUUGUUCCUUCGCCGCUGGUUGAAUCAAAAACACAGAGGUGAAGAUCUAAAAAUCAACGAUCCAUAUUUGGAUGAAUCAGGAGCAGAGAAGGUGCCGAUGCCCAUGUUUGAAGAAGACGUGCCCUCGGUGCUGGAGCUGGAAAUGGAAGAGUUGGACCAGUGGAUGAAAAAAGAUGGGGAAACUGCAGACACGUCCAGUCAUGGGUGACAGUCAUCACUAUGGACUCAACAGUCAGCAGUGCAGCAUUGAAAAGAUGGAUUUUCUUAAAGAAUCUGCAAUAAGGUUUCUGGUCACAGGAUAUGUUUUUCAUUCUCAUGAAUUGGGAGCUCUGACAAGAACUCAUUUUACAAUAAAAUAAAACUGUCAUGUAUGUAAAACAUAAAAUGGACUCCCUCAACAGUGACCUUCUUUUACAGUCUCUUUGCUUCUUUUGGUUGUCUACUGCCUCCUGUACAGUAACAGAGAAAUGAACAGUAUUUUUGUCAUACAGUUAAUUUUCCAUUCACUAGAACGCUGUCCCGUAGCUUUCUGUUCUUUGUUUGCUGCUCUGUACUGGUGUCUCACACAGACACUCCUGUGUGUGCUGUCAGCCUCACUGAGCUGAUCCAAAGAAGCACUGUUUUGUCCUCACACACUGAUUCAGAUGUUUGAGUGUGAGAGCAGGUACAUUGUGCUGAGUUGCUGCAGUUUUAAACCGAUAAGAUUCUGACCUCGGUGUCGACAAAGACGCCCUGACUUAUUUCAAAAGCUUCAGCUCGAAAAUGUUCGAUUUAGUUCAACGAGCGCCGCUCGUCUUGACAGUAUUCUGCAGGAGCUUGUGUUGUAAAUACAGAAGUAGAAAAUGGUGUGAACGACGUUACAUGUGUUUUAGCAAAUUGUUGAUGUGAAAUAUUGUAGGCAACUUUUUUUUUCUGCUGAAUAAAGGAUAUUUGUUAAAUGACAA